AUGGGGCCCGACGACUGUGGCCAGGGGGGUAUAAAAUGUUCCAGGCCCAGCAUCAGAGAGAAUAAAAAUUGCCUCAGGGUUAGUGGUCAGUUACGUAGUGUCAGUAGAAGGAACAAUACCCCAUCAUUGCUGUACAUGGAAGGAAUUUUACCAAAUGAUUUUUAUCAGUGGAAGGACUAUUACCCCAUUGUUGGCAUCAGUGGAAGGAAUAGCGCCCCAUCAUUAUUAGUGGGAGGAAUAGUGCCCCAUCAUUGUUAUCAGGGGAGAGGAAUCGGGCCACACCAUUGGUAUCAGUGGGAGGAAUAGUGCCCCAUCAUUGUUAUCAGUAGGAGGAAUUGGGCCACACCAUUGGUAUCAGUGGGAGGAAUAG